CUGCCCUCUAGUGACGCUCCAGCGCAACUCCUUCACGCAGGAUGACGCGCUGCCACUCAUUCAGCCAAUCAGCGCACGGGCGGAAGUUCUCUGCUCUUUCUGCUACUACUAGAAAUUUGAUCUGGAAACGGGCUAUCCGUUAGCCUUUCGUAAAGGGAAAGUGUUUCUACAAAAGAGACAGAUAAAAUGACAUCCCGCAAACGAAAAAGGGACGAAACUACAAGCAGUACGAUUCCUAAAACGGAGGAGAUCAUCAGCUCUGAGUCCUGCCUCAGUCAGCCAAGCGAUCAAAGUGUUCAUGAAGUCAUAACUUACAAGCCAUCUACGUUGCCAGCGAUCCACUAUGAUCCUGACACGACUGAGCCCAUCAGCUGCAGUCUGAAGUCUCUUGAUGAACUGUUGUCAUGGAAACGACAGGAAGCCAGUCUUUUUAAUGUGGCCACUGUGCCUUUGGCGAGCAGGUAUCCUCCACUGCACAGCUGCCCCAGACGGACACUGGUGUCCCACGACAUGAUGGGUGGCUACCUGAAGGACAGGUUCAUUCAAGGUGCAGAGGUGGAGACGCCGUAUGCCUUCUAUCACUGGGAGUAUAUUGACAUCUUCAACUACUUCAGUCAUCAGAUGGUAACCAUUCCUCCGGCGGUCUGGACGAAUGCAGCACAUAAGCAUGGAGUGCUCUCUAUUGGCACAUUCAUCACAGAGUGGACAGAUGGAGCGAAGACAUGUCAGUCCCAACCAGCAUACAAAGAUACUUACAACACAAAAACUGAUAAGUUGGUUCAGAUUUCCCACUGCUACGGCUUUGACGGCUGGCUCAUUAACAUAGAAAAUGUGCUGAGUGAGAGUGCAGUGAAGAACACUGGACCCUUUCUGCGCUACCUCACAGACCAGAUGCACGAGCGCGUCCCAGGCAGUGUGGUGAUCUGGUAUGACAGCGUGCUGAAAAACGGCUCGCUCGAUUGGCAGAACAAACUCAAUGACGACAACAGAAUGUUUUUUGAUGCCUGUGAUGGAAUAUUCACUAACUACAACUGGACAGAGCAGAGCCUGGAGUGGAUGAAGUCCUACUCUGCGGCUCAGGGCCGCUUUGCUGACAUCUAUGUCGGUGUUGAUGUGUUUGCAAGAGGGGUGGUGGUUGGAGGGAAAUUUGAGACCAAUAAGGCUCUGAAGCUGAUUAGGAAGUAUGAACUUUCAACAGCCAUCUUUGCUCCUGGCUGGGUGUACGAAUGCCACGAAAAGGCAGAUUUCCGCCAAAACCAGGACAAGUUUUGGAGUUUGCUGUCUGAUUACCUUUAUAUCCACCGGCCCUCGUCCAGUCUUCCAUUCAUCUCCUCAUUCUGUCAGGGCUUUGGAAAGAGCCUGUACUGGAGGGGACAGGUGGAGAUGAAGAGAAGCUGGUUUAAUCUGCAUGCUCAGGAGAUCCAGCCUCUGUACCUCUCUGAGAACAUGGACAAUGGCGGCUGGCUGAGAACCCGUGGCUGCUCAGAGGACGCUUGGAUUGGAGGCAGCUCUCUGAUGGUGGAGGGCAUGAUUCCAUCGGGACGUUCUGAAGUGUGUGCAAGGAUUUUUUCUCUCCAUGUUCCCUUGGCCACUAGGACGUUUGUUUCUUUUGUCUACAAGCCACCUGUGGGGGUGAAGAUAUCCUUGGAGCUCAAAACGAUAGAUGGUCCUCUGUGCACAUUCGAUGGGAUGGAGGAAAUAGCACCCAGCAGUGUCUUUCCAGAAGCGUUAGCAGAGGAUAACCAGCUGGUUGAGCAGUUUGCACAGAAGUGUGGCCAGUGGUCUUUGGAUGGCUGGACUACCAGAUGUUUCCUGUUGAAAAUGAUUGGCUGCUUAUUGCGAGAAGUGUGUAUUCGUGUUUCCCGAGAUGGAGGCGAUGAGGACAUUUGCUUUAAUUGUAGGAUUGGAGAGAUUAUGCUGUUGGAUGCUGAGAGUCUUCAAGCACCCCUGCAGUCUGUUGAAGGCAUCUGCGUGAAUGAUGUGGUGUGGCACAAGGGAGAUGGACACACGCAAUCAAAGGUACUUUUGAAUGCCACCUUACGCUGGCAAUAUCCCACCCCGCAGGUUCGCCAUUUCCGGAUUCACUGGAGGCGUCCCCGUGGUCCUGACCCUCGGAUUCCCCCUGGACCCUUGACUCUGAUUGGCAGGUCUUACUCCACCCUGUACCGUGUGGUGGAGCUGGAGGUGCCUGCUGCUCCGGGUCUCAUAGAGCUGGUGGUGGAGCCUGUGAGCAGAGAGGGAUUCCGAGUGCCUGAGGCCCAGUGGGGCCGACGCACACUCAGCUACAGCGCCAGUUCCUCAGAAAACCCAUCAGUGUGAAACCUUAUUGAUCAAAUGUCUUAAUACUCUAUAGCUCACAUGCUGUUUUCAUAGUAUAAACAAAUCUCUCUUCUAUUAGAUAUGCAGUAAAAUGUGUGAUGAGUUAGUUCUAAAUCUGUAUUCAGUAUUUUGUGCAUGACUGAAUACUUAAGUGAAGAAGCAGCAAAUGUGUAAUAUCGAAUUUGCACUAUAUCCAAUAUAUCCCUUAUUAUCCUUAUAUAUAUAUAUAUAUAUAAUAUAUAUAUAUAUAUAUUUUAAUUAUGGUAAAAGCCAUUUUAAAUACUAUUGUGCGAGAACCAGAGUGGUCGGUUUCUUGCAUUGAUUGCACAUAUAUUCUUCAGCUUUAUAAGUUCAUAAUAUAACAUUUAUUCAUAAAUGGCAUGCAACCCUCAUACCUCAUACCCAACCUAAUAAUGUACCUUCUUCAAAAUGUAAUAUUUUAAUCAAAGUCCCUUCAUGAAAUUCUUGUUUAGGCAUUUGUGUGAAAACAAGAAAGGAGAUGAUCCUAGUUUACUAUCUUCUUGACUUGCAGAUCCAUUAUUUGUGUUACAAAUAAAAAAUGAGAAUGUUAAACAACUUUAAA